UCAAAUUUUCAUUCAGUUCACAACGUUAGUCGGUAAAUAUCCCCCAAAAUUUACACGUUUAUACAAUUCAAUGAAAAUAACUACAGUACCUACAGGAACUUUGUAUUCAACUAAUUAUAGAUUAUUUUUUAAAAAUGAAAAUGGUUAUAUAUCACCUCUUCAUGACAUUCCAUUAUAUGCAGACAAAACUCGUAAUAUAUUUAAUAUGAUUAUAGAGAUACCUAGAUGGACUAAUGCAAAAUUCGAGAUAUCUACAAAAGAAUAUUUAAAUCCUAUACAUCAAGACACAAAAAGUGGUGUGCCAAGGUUUGUUCAUAAUAUUUUUCCCUACAAUGGCUACAUAUGGAAUUAUGGUGCUUUGCCGCAAACUUGGGAAGAUCCAACUCAUUUGGAUAAAGAUACACAAUGCAAAGGGGAUAAUGAUCCAAUAGAUAUUGUAGAAAUAGGAUUCAGAGUUGGGAAAACAGGUGAUGUGAUUCAAGUUAAAAUUCUGGGGGUUUUAUGCUUGAUAGAUGAAGGUGAAACCGAUUGGAAACUAAUAUCUAUCAACAUCACUGACCCUAUGGCCGAAAAAUUGAAUGAUAUUGAAGAUGUCGAGAAACAUAUGCCAGGAUAUCUACAAAGUACGGUUGAAUGGUUCAGGGACUACAAAGUUCCUGCCGGUAAAAAUCGUAAUAUAUUUGCCUUCGAUAAUCAACCAAGAAAUAGGGACUUUGCUUUGAAGGUCAUACAACAAACUCACGAACAAUGGCAGAAGCUGAUUAAAUCGUCUCACAAUGAGGGUGGACUAUGUUGCCAAAAUUUGACCAACACCACAGAAACGGUUAACCUGACCCAAUACGAUGAAGCUGAAAAAUUUGUCCAGGCUCAACCAGAAUUUACCAAUACAUCCAGACGUGUCGCGUUCCCGAAAGUUGACACUUGGUCUUUCGUGAAGAAGGAUUGAUCGCGAGAAUUACUUCUGAGAUCGCAUUUUACAAGCCUUCCGCGUUACAACAAUAUUUAUAACAUUCUUACUUCUACUGGAUUAAUGACAAAUUGAUUUGGGUAAUUGUGAUACGGCAUAAUUUUUUUUUUGUUAUGAGAAUAAUUAUUAUAUAACUUUUUCUUGUUAUAUUAUAUAAACUUGAUUAGUUAAAUAUUUUAUCGCAAAAGCACAUCGUUGUUAAAAAUAAAUUUUAUUCAUAAUUAAAUAUUUUUUUCUGUAAUCAUUAUAAUUUUAGAAAAAAUUUUUCCUUACAAAUACACAAUAU